AUGUUUUUGUUUUGGAAAAAAUUUGAGCAAGAACAAGAGCAAGAGGGAGAGCAAGAACAAGAGGAAGAGCAAGAGGAAGAGCAAGAACAAGAGGAAGAGCAAGAGGAAGAGCAAGAGCAAGAGGAAGAACAAGAGGAAGAACAAGAGGAAGAGGAAGAGCAAGAGCAAGAGCAAGAGGAAGAGCAAGAGCAAGAACAAGAGGAAGAGGAAGAGCAAGAGGAAGAGCAAGAGCAAGAACAAGAGGAAGAGGAAGAGGAAGAGCAAGAGCAAGAGCAAGAGCAAGAGCAAGAGCAAGAGCAAGAGCAAGAACAAGAGGAAGAGGAAGAGCAAGAGGAAGAGCAAGAGCAAGAGGAAGAGCAAGAGGAAAAGCAAGAGGAAGAGCAAGAGCAAGAGGAAGAGCAAGAGGAAAAGCAAGAGGAGGAGCAAGAGCAAGAGGGAGAGCAAGAACAAGAGGAAGAGCAAGAGCAAAAGCAAGAGCAAGAGCAAGAGCAAGAGGAAGAGCUUAGUAACUAU